AUGGCGGCCGUCUCGCGCCCAUCAGGCCCACUCUCUCACAGCAUGUCGGAGCUGGAUUGGAUCUUCAAGGCUUUCUGGGCCAAGUUGGCCAGCAGACUGCACAGUACCAAGCAAGAGGGGACACCCGCUGACACACCCCAGCGACCACGAGACAAAGGUACAGCAUGGGAGGUCGAGCCGGCAAAGCAUGCAGUGAGCCUGAUACUAAAACAAACCUCCGAAGCGACACGCUACCCGACCUCACCGGGUCACAAAGCAAAACAGCGCUCGAGGCACAAAGCAUGUCUCUAGGACUCUCCAUGUGCAGAUAGCUCAGCUGGGGAAGCCCUGUGUGAAGAGCCGAGAUGACCCUCGGGCGCACGGUCUGGAAGUACAAAGAUCUCAGCCUACUCAGUGGGACCCCGCUGAACCAGCGAAGGGUGUGGGCUGA